GAGCGGUGCGGGACUAGGACUCGGUUUCCCUUCGGCCCUGGUAGGCUUGCGGGUCAUUGGCUGAGCGGGGCGGAUCUGGUCCGGUUCCUCCCCGCCCCCAGUGACACAAUAGCAGCUCCCUCCAAGAUGGCGGCGGCGACGGCGGACCCGGGAGCUGGGAACCCGCAGGCUGGAGACUCCUCCGGCGGGGGCGCUGGGGGCGGGCUGCCGUCCCCGGGGGAGCAGGAGUUGAGUCGGCGCCUGCAGCGUCUGUACCCCGCGGUCAACCAGCACGAGACGCCGCUGCCGCGCUCCUGGAGCCCCAAGGACAAGUAUAACUACAUCGGCCUCUCCCAGGGCAACCUCCGCGUCCACUACAAAGGUCAUGGCAAAAAUCACAAAGAUGCGGCCUCAGUGCGUGCCACCCACCCCAUACCUGCUGCCUGUGGCAUUUAUUACUUUGAGGUGAAGAUUGUCAGCAAAGGAAGAGAUGGGUACAUGGGAAUAGGACUCUCAGCUCAAGGAGUCAACAUGAACAGACUUCCUGGUUGGGAUAAACAUUCCUAUGGUUACCAUGGCGAUGAUGGGCAUUCCUUCUGCUCCUCGGGGACUGGCCAGCCCUAUGGUCCCACAUUCACCACAGGAGACGUGAUUGGCUGCUGCGUCAACCUCAUCAACGGCACAUGCUUCUACACCAAGAAUGGCCACAGCCUUGGUAUAGCUUUCACAGACCUCCCGGCCAACCUCUACCCCACCGUAGGCCUGCAGACACCUGGGGAGAUUGUGGACGCCAACUUUGGGCAGCAGCCCUUCCUGUUUGACAUUGAGGACUACAUGCGGGAGUGGCGUGCCAAGGUCCAGGGCACUGUCCACUGCUUCCCCAUCAGUGCCCAGCUUGGCGAGUGGCAGGCGGUGCUGCAGAACACUGCCGUGUUCUUACUCUCUGCAGAGAUCCAGAAGCUGGUGCUGGAGGGCCGUGUGGGGGAGGCCAUUGAGACCACACAGCGCUUCUACCCAGGGCUGUUGGAGCACAACCCCAACCUGCUGUUUAUGCUCAAGUGCCGACAAUUUGUGGAGAUGGUGAAUGGGACAGACAGUGAGGUCCGCAGCUUGAGCUCCCGAAGCCCCAAGUCCCAGGACAGCUACCCUGGCUCCCCCAGCCUCAGCCCCCGACACGGCCCCAGUAGUUCCCACAUGCACAACACAGGUGCAGAUAGUCCCAGCUGCAGCAAUGGCGUCACAUCCACCAAGAGCAAGCAGAACCACAGUAAAUACCCUGCGCCCAGCUCCUCCUCCUCCUCCUCCUCUUCCUCGUCGUCUUCCUCAUCCCCAUCCUCCGUCAAUUACUCUGAAUCCAACUCAACAGAUUCCACCAAGUCCCAGCCCCACAGCAGCACCAGUAACCAGGAGACCAGCGACAGUGAGAUGGAGAUGGACGCAGAGCAUUACCCCAAUGGUGUGCUAGAGAGCAUGUCCACACGCAUCGUCAAUGGUGCCUACAAGCAUGAGGACCUGCAGACAGAUGAGUCCAGCAUGGACGAUGGGCAUCCUCGGCGACAGCUCUGCGGGGGCAACCAGGCUGCCACAGAAAGGAUAAUCCUAUUUGGCCGUGAGUUGCAGGCACUGAGUGAGCAGUUGGGCCGGGAGUACGGCAAGAAUUUGGCCCACACGGAGAUGCUACAGGAUGCCUUUAGCCUGCUGGCAUACUCAGAUCCCUGGAGCUGCCCAGUUGGCCAGCAGCUUGACCCCAUCCAGAGGGAGCCUGUGUGCGCUGCCCUCAACAGCGCCAUUUUAGAGUCUCAGAACCUGCCAAAGCAGCCCCCUCUGAUGCUCGCCCUGGGCCAGGCAUCUGAAUGUCUACGGCUAAUGGCCCGAGCGGGCCUGGGAUCUUGCUCCUUCGCCAGAGUCGACGACUACUUGCACUAGCUGACCACGCUGGCUGGCCCCGCCUGGCCCUCCCUCAGCCCCAGGGCUAGAGCAGCCUGGCCCUCCAUAGGCACCUGGCACAGGGACCUGGAAGCCAUGGGCAGAGUCUACUCCUCCUGCCUGGCCGGCCUCCUUCCCUCCUUCCCUCCCUUCCUCCCUUUUUCCCCACCCUCAUUCUUUCACUUUACCCCCUUCACGUGCAGCGGCCUAUGACACAGUAUUGGCUGGUUACUCUCAUGUAGAGCCUUCUACUUUGAAAGGGGAGUUUUGUUUUGAGGAGGGGUUGGGGUUUUUUAAUCUUUUUUUUCCCUCCUGAAUGAGCCACCAGUAUUUAUCUCUGGAGAGUUUGUGCUGAGCUGGUUUCUGCUAAUUUAGUGAUGAAGCCUAUCCAAGUUGGUGAUAGCUUAUUAUUUUCAUAAGUAAAAAAAAAUUUUAAAAAAUGAGAUUAUAUAUAUAAAUAUAUAUAUUAAAAAAAGACACAGUAUUUAUCGUAGUGUUAGUGGUCCAGCACCUCUUGGGUGAGGCUGUCCAGACACCAUACAUUUUUAUUUGAGUCCAACUCAUUAAAAAGGAAUCAUCUCUGUAACCUCAGCCAAGUGAUUUGUUUAUUUCAGGCUUCCCCUUUGUUGAGCCACAAGCCCAGCUGCAGCCUAGGGAAGCCCAGUAGGCUUGCGGGGGGUGGCGGGGGGGCGUGGCACUUAGUGGACAGGUCAGGCUAAGUUGAUUUGCCACAUCCAAGAGGUGUGAGUCACUAGGCCUAUGAGAGCGGAACUGAGCAGAGAACUUGCAGGGCCAGGGGUCCAAAGAAGAGAGGAAUUGGCCCAGUGCUACCUAGCAAAGCAAGGGAGUGGAGGGUCCUUGGCCAGCACGCUAUCUACCAUUCUACCCUGCCUCUCACUGCCUGCCUUGCCCCUCUGUUUCUUCCCUUUUCAACAUCCUGCCUCCCUUUGUUGUUAAGAUGGCCAAAUAAUUCAUUUACUCUAACCUAAUUGCCUGGAAACUACCUGCCUUUGACCUGAGAGCUGCUGUGUGUCAGGCUGUGAGGAGAAAGUCUCCAUCCCCAGGACAGAGGCCCUUGAACACAGGGCUGCCUUCUUCCUGCCUGGAUCUUCACCGUCUCUGCACAGCUUGGAUGGAAUCGAUGUUUUCUGUUGAGAAGCCAGGACCUUGUGGAGGCAGAUUCUUGGGCUGCUGGUCGCUGGAGUGGAGGGAACCCUUGACCCCCUAGGCCAGGCCUCAACUGCAGCUGUGCCAGGCAGCUCCCUGCAGCUUGGCCCUAGCCACUCUUAAGGAAAGACUGUUAUGAAUAUUUGAUGGCCGGAAGAAGGGACCUCAUGGGCUUUAUAAAUGUCCCACCAGCUCUGUCAGAUGGAUUGUCACAAAAAACAGUCCCAGAACUGCCAUCAGGGAAUCAGGAGAAUAAGGGCCGAGAUGGCUGCCAGGACUUGGGUGGGCCAUCUGUGGAGAGGACUGACUGCCCAAGAGGAGGAAAGGAAGGAGGCCUACCCAGAGGAGCACCAGGAGGGGCUGGGAUUUCCCUAGCUGCUUCACAGUGGGAGGGAGCACACAAGCAGCUCCUGCAAAAGGCAAGGUCAGAAGUUGAACUUCUAGUCCCUGCCUGGAUCUGGCCUGGGCAAACUCCUGCUCUCUGUCAGUGGACACAGGAAUGGUUGGGACGGCCUGAGAUAUUAUUCAAUGCCCACCAGGCCUUGCUGGGCACACAGCUGGACAACAAGAGAAAUGAUUGAAUUGGACCAACUGCUGGUGAUGAGGUCAGGGCCCUGGCCCUGUGCUCUGUUAGAGUUCUGCCUUGGGACUUGAUCCUAUAGGCUGCUGCUUUUUCUUGGUCCCCACCAGGGCCCCAGCUGGCAGCCCACAGACCAUGGCUCGUCAGGGAGGUGUUGUCCUUUCUGUAAAGGAAACUCAUCCUGUGCAAGGCUGGAGAUGCCUAGCUCCCAAACCCAAAGGUUGGAAACAUCAGGCUGUUAAGAUGGUCAGAAGCCAAUGAGAUUGAGAAUUAAAACCAGAGGCUUUGGCAGCUGGAAUGGGGUUCAGAGAACAUUCACUCCAGCAAUCCUCUCCUUUUACAAAUAAGGAAACAGGCCCAGGAGGUUAAGUGGCUUGGGUCACACAGCAUUAUUAAUGACAGAGCUGGGACUAACCUCAUCCCUGUGGGUUGGGCAACACUCUUUAGUCCUAAAGCUAAAUGGCAGGUGAGGGGUUAGGCUCAGCAGUGUUAGGGAGGCCUCUAGCAGUGUCUGAGCAGCUGGUACUUUCAGGGGUGUGUCAGGGAUGGGGAUGCGUGCCUGGGCUUGGGUUGUGGAGCAUCUGAGAGGGCCCAGGAAGGCUCAGGACAGCUGUGUACCGCUUGGGGUUGGGUGUCCGCCUGGCUCGCACUCAGUACCCAUGGCCAUCUCCCCAUUUUCUGUGCCUUAUCUCACUGUUUCAGCUGAGUCCAAGUUGUUUACUCUGUUCCUCUUCAGAGGGGCUCUCUGUCCCAGUUGGACAGCUGACCUUCUGGACAUAAAUAAGCCUUUGCCCCACAAGCCAUGAAGAGGACCAAAAUCAAGCUGCUUGAGCCCACUGUCUUGCUGAUAGUCCAGGCCUGCCUGCCAGCCAGAGAAGCCCCUUAUGCACACCAAGUCCUACCAGCCUGCUUCUGGGAGCUGAGUGGGGAAGGCACCUGGGAGGAGCCCCGGUGAAGAGCUGGACUUGACCCAAGGGGUCAGGAGGAAGACCUAGCCCUGUGGGGUUGUCCAGCCCUAGGGGAGCAGCCUUCCUUACGUUUUCCCCUUGUGCCACCAAAUGAUUGCUCCUUCCAGAGUGGAUGGAAAUUGGCAGACCACGAAAAGAAAGCCAGAACCCUGAUCCUCACCUACAUGGGUCUGUUGCUGGGUGCAGGCCAUCAGAACAGGGGACACCAAGAGAUGGAAAAGUGGGGACUGCCCAGCUGGCCACCCAGCACCGUCCUCCCCCUUAAGCAAGCACAAAGAAGAUGAGGCAGAGAACUGUCAGAGCUGAAAGUUCUAUGGUUGCUCACAACUCAGGUAUGCACUCUGGGUGGCAGCUGGGCAGCAGAGCCCUACUUGACCACCAGUCCCAUGCACCCGGACCUGUGGCCAGAUUAUGGACUCUGGCUGCCUGAGGUGCCGCCUCUUUGCAUAGGGUUUUCCUCCAUUAGUAACUACAGCUGAUACAGACUUCCUCCACAUUGUGCACACUGGUUCUGCCUUUGUCCUCGCAAGUUGAUACUUGGCAUUAGCAUGAAACUUGUGGGUGUGGGAGGGUUUAGAGAGAAUUCUAACACAAAACAUCCUAUUAAAUUGUACUUGAGAGAUGAAAAAACUCCUGUUGUAUUUUGACAGAACUAUUUUUAUUAAAAUACACAUCCAUGAGCAGUCA